UAGUAACCUCACAAAUGAGUAAAAUUCAUCUCAAUCCUGCUCUUUCUCAUGCGCAGCGAAUAGCAGCUCUCGCUUCUUACACACCCGUUCCUAAGCGCUGCGUUGUCACUGGCGGCACUGGUUUUGUCGGAACACGGCUGGUAGAAAUGCUAAUAGAACGUGGAGCCGAACACGUAAUCAGCUUUGACAUAGUUCCCAAAGAAAAGGGAAUCGGAAUAUGGGAUCACCCUUCAAUUAGUUAUAUUGUCGCUGAUAUCACUUGCUACGAGGAAGUUUCUUUAGCGAUUAAAGGUGCUGAUUGUGUUUGGCACCUUGCGGCUGCUGUUGGUCCAUUUCACCCACACGAACUCUACAGAAAAGUCAACUAUAUAGGUACUGUCAAUGUUAUUCGAGCAUGUAAAGAACAUGGUGUUAAAAAGCUUGUCUUCAGCUCUUCCCCUUCUACUCGUUUUAAAGGCUCACUUUUUGAUCGGCCAAAUAUUGAUGGUCUCAGUGAAGAUGAAAUGCCGCGUCUUCCGCUUGAUCACUACAUGCAAUUAUACGCGGAAACCAAAGCAGAAGGGGAAAUGGCUGUGACGGCUGCAUGCGGUGAUGACUUCUGGGCGGUUGCUGUUGCGCCUCAUCAAGUAUACGGGCCGCGUGACAAUUUAUUUUUACCAAAUGUAUUGGAGGCAGCUGGUACGGGAAUGCUUCGUAUUUUCGCGAAGGGAGACAAUCGUGUCUGCUUUACACAUGUAGACAAUUACUGCCACGGGCUGGUUAUUGCAGAACGUAAGCUAUACAAAGGAUCUCCCAUUCUUGGGAAGUUUUACAUCGUAACAGAUGGAAGCACGCAUCCUGAGCCAGGGGCAUAUUGUAUUUUUUGGAAGGAAAUUGACAAGGCCAUUGUCAAGAUGAAUUUUCCUUCAAUUCAGAAAAAAAUUCAUUACCCAUUCUGGGCUCUUUAUCUUUCUGCACUAAUCGCAGAGGUAUUAGGUCGUUUAAUGCACACGACAUUCAAGCAUAAUGUAUUUAACGUUUUUGUACUAACCAUGAACCGAUGGUUUCGUAUUGAUGCAGCCGAGAAGGAUCUUGAGUACCAACCGAUAAUUUCUUAUUCUGAGGGUUGGGAGGAUGCUAUCACUUGGUUUAAAGACAAUUGGCUGCCAACUUUUUCGAAAGAUGGAACUCAUUCUAUCGUGGGUCUUUCACAAGGUUCACAGCAAAAAAUUGAUAUCCAAGCGAAAAGUAAAUAG